AUGGUUUCACAAGUCAGCAGUGCUAAAGAAUUCGAAGACACCAUUAAGAGUUUCCAAGGAUUGGUUGUGGUUGACUUUUUCGCCACUUGGUGUGGUCCAUGUAAGAUGAUUGCUCCAUUGUUGGAGAAAUUCUCAACCCAAUACACUGAAGUCAAAUUCCUCAAGGUUGAUGUUGAUGCCGUACAGGAAUUGGCUCAACAAUACCAAGUUACAAGUAUGCCAACCUUGUUGUUCUUCAAGAACGGUGAAGUUAUUGAAAAAGUUAUUGGUGCCAACCCAUCAGCUAUCAAGAAAGCCAUUGAAACAAACAAGUAA